GGUUUGUGAAUAGUUAAAAAAAAACAACACUUCGCUUGAAAAUUAUGAGAUUUGUGCGAGCUGCUGUGCUGUUAGCGUUCGGCUAGUUAGCAUCCACGUUAGCCUGCUAACUUAACACUUCUCUGGUUUCCCUUCCACACAAAUGGAUUGAUCAGCUAAGACCCAAGAGACCCGACAUCUUCCUUUUUUGAAAAGGGCCAUGGCGCAGCAGCCCGGCCCACCUGAGAUCACCUGGUGUACGGGUUCUCCUGGGGUCACUCUGAGCACAGAGGACGACUCUGGAUUGGAGGACGGAGAUGACGUGUGCAGUAAUCAUGGAAACAGUGGCUUGGAUUGGUCUCAGAAUCCGCAUGGAAAAAAGGAAUGCACCACGAUCUUUGUCGCAUUCAAGGGAAACCUUUAUGAUGAUGACUUUCAGCACAAGCUUGACACCAUCUUAAAUGGGAUGCCCCAGAUGCUCUCAUUGGGUCCUGAGAGGCUGGCACCCCAGCGAGUGGAGCCUUGGAACAGCGUGCGAGUCACAUUUAAUAUCCCCAGGGAAGCCGCUGAACGCCUCCGACUCCUCGCUCAAAACAACCAGCAGCAGCUCCGGGACCUGGGGAUCCUAUCGGUGCAAAUUGAAGGUGAAGGACCCAUCAAUGUGGCAGGUGGGCAAAACCGAGGUCAGGAAGUCAGAGUGAACGGACCUAUUGGGCCACCGGCUCAGAUGAGGAUGGAUGUUGGGUUUCCUAUGCAACAAGGCCCUGCUGGAAUGCGGAUGAACAAUCCCUCAAUGGUGCCCUCUGGUCCUGGCAUGGCUCCACAGGGUAUGGUACCUGGCAGUAGUGGACAGAUGCACCCGAGGGUAAUGAGGCCAGCAACACAAUCGGAUUCCAUGGAUCCCAUGAUGUCUGGGCUCGCUUUGCAGCAGCCGCAACAGCUCCAACACCCACAGGCACCUCAUGGCCCACCCACCCCUAUGGGUCCGCAGGGACAUCACAUACAGGCAAUGCAAGCAAACCGGCAGCUCAAUCCGACAGCCCUUCAACAACUACAGCAGCAACAGCAGCAGCAUCAACAACAGCAGGCUCAGUUAGCCCAGUUGAGUGGUGCUCGUGGCCCAUUUAACCCUUCAAACCAGAUGCCUAUCCCUCCUGGUUGGAACCAGUUACCACCUGGAGUUCUUCAGCCACCACCUACUCAGGGGUCUAUGCCUCCGAAUUGGAGAAAAGCUCCUCCACAAGGUCAAAUAGUACAGCGGCCUCCUUCUUUGGCAUCUGUGCAAACACCAAACCAUCCUCCGCCACCAUAUCCCUUUGGUAGCCAGCAGGCUGGGCAGGUUUUUAAUGCCAUGGCUCAGCAACAGCAGCAGACACCAGGGGCAAACCAGUUUGCAGCCCCUCAGCCCAAAGUUCCCCAAGGAGUUGUGGGCGUUGUUGGAUCAAGGGUGCCUCCUUCUUUGCCUCCUGUGUCUGCUUCACAAAGCAACCUUGCUGCUAAGUCCCCUGGAUCCUCAUCUUCACCAUUUCAUCAGGGUUCACCUGGAACCCCACCUAUGAUUGGACAAGGUCAGCUAGGGCCACGUCCAACAACUCCACAGGGGUUCCCGCAGGGAGUUGGAUCCCCAGGCAGGGCUGUGUUAGGGCAGCAGGGUAAUGUUCAGCCAGGGUUUAUGGGAAUGCCUCAGCAUGGCCAGGUUCCCCAAGGAGGCAUGGGAGGUAUGCCAAAACGAAUGCCAAUGGGCUUCUCAAAUGUAAGUCAGAACUAUGUCCAAGGACAAGUUACCACAAGCGGAGCGGGAACGCCCACAGGUGGUACCCUUCAGCUUCAAAGUGGCCAAAAUAUGGCUCAUCCAGGUCCACAACCUUCAGUAUCAACACCAAACCACAUGCAGCCCAAUUCCCUACAAUCUGGUGGAAUUGGCCAUCAUGGUGGAAUGCCUCCUCAGCCUCCAUCCAGCUCAGGUGGUGGUAUGGGCCAACCACAGUCAGGUCUACAGACCCAAAUGAUGGGCAUGCAGACCCAGCUUCAAAAUCAGCCUGUAGCCCCCUCUCAAGGUCAGAUGGUGCAAGGCCAGGCAGGAGGUCAAACUGUCCUGUCCCGGCCCAUGAAUCAAGGACAGAGAGGGAUGACCCCUCCUAAACAGUUAAUGCCUCCACAGGGACAAGGGAUGAUGCAGAACCAGGCCCAGCUCGGUGGAGGGCAGGGGCACCAAGCAUUACUGAUGCAGCAGCAACAACAACAACAACAGCAGCAGCCCCAGCAACAGCACCAACACCAGCAACAAGCAUCACAGCAACAAAAUGCUAUGAUGGAACAGAUGGUAGCCAACCAAAUGCAAGGUAACAAGCAGGCUUUUGGGUCCAAAGGUCAACCAGCUGUUAUGCCAGGCCAGAUGAUGCGAGGCCCAUCACCUAAUUUGCAAGGUAACAUGGUGCCGUUUCAGUCGCAGCAACAAAUGACUCCGCAGCAACAGCAGCAGAUUGCUCAGUUGCAACAACAGCAGCAGCAAUUGCAGCAGCAGCAGCUUCAACUGCAACACCAACAGCCACAACAACAGCAGUUACAGCAGCAGCAGCUACAGCAGCAGCAUCAGCAGCAAAUGGCACAACAGUCCCAGCAGAUCCCAGUGAACGGUAAUCCCAACCAACCAUUAGGGAUGCAUGGUAAUCAGAUGCGACUUCCAGGACAUUUGGUCCAGCAACAGCUCCAGCAGCAACAGCUUCAGCAAAAACAACAGCAACAACAUCAGCAACAGCAACACAUGAUGCAACAGCUACAGCAGCAACAGCUACAGCAGCAGCAGCAACAGCAGCAGCAGGCUGGCCAACAACAUUCACAUCAGCUUGGAGAUGGCACUGGAAGCACAGGUGAUCUGAGCCAACAGCAGAUGCUUCCUGACAUGCAAAUGCAACAGCAGCAGCAGGGUAUGAUGGGCGGGCCUCAACACAUGCAGGUGGGCAAUGGACAUUUUCCUGGUCAUGGCAUGCCUUUCAAUUCUCAGUUUGCUGGCCAGAUGGCCAUUGCUGGACAAACAGCUGGGUUUCCAGUGAAUAAGGAUGUGACCUUGACUAGUCCUUUAUUAGUUAACCUACUUCAGAGUGACAUUUCUGCCAGCCAGUUUGGACCAGGUGGAAAACAAGGAGCUGGUGGGGUUGGUGGUAACCAGGCCAAACCAAAAAAGAAGAAACCACCUCGUAAGAAGAAACCCAAAGCUGGCGAGGGGCAACAGUCUGUAGAAGGCAUUGGUGGUUUGGAUUCAGCUCCACAAGGGUUGGAUGAUGGAGAGUUGCAAGGUUUGGGUAGUGAUCAAGGAGCUGGAACAGAUUCUUCCAACUCAAAGCUCCCUGAAUUUUCUAACCGGUCAGGCUUUUCUGGACAAUCAGGAGAUCAAAGGGUUUUGCAGCAAAUGCCAUUGCCAUUCAUGGCCCAGCAGCAGCAACAGCAACAGCAACAGCAGAUGCAACAAAUGCAGCAGCAGCAGUUACAACAAAUGCAACAGCAAGAACAACAGCAGCAGCAGCAAAUACAGCAGCAGCAGCAGCAACAAUUGCAAAAGCAACAGAUGCAUAUGCAAAUUUCUGGUCAACCUGGAACACCACAAAGUUCACAACAAGGACAGCAUCAAAUCCAUCCGCAUCACUUACAGCUUCAACAGCAGCAAACACAGCACAUGCAGCAGCAGCAGCAGCAACAACAACAACAACAGCAGCAGCAGCAGCAGCAACCACUGACACCACAACAGCAGCAGCAACAACACAUGAUGAUGCUGCUUAAAAUGCAGGAACAAGCAAAGAAUCGUCUCCCACUUCAACAAAGUGGCCAUCCCCAAAGAACUCUUGUUAAUCCUGGUGAUCCUGCACAACGAAUGCCUGUAUCCCAACAAGGAAACAUGCCUGUAAUGAUCAAUUUACAAGGGCAUGGAGGUGUCACACCCUCUCCAGAAAAAAACAGAGGCAUGCAGCCAGUAGUAAAUUCGCAGUUGGCUGCUGCAGCUAGAAGAAUGCCCCAUCCAGAAAUUGGCCAGGGAACCACAGGAAUGGCACCAGAGGAUGCAUCAGGCACCCCUAAUUUGCAGGAAAGGUCAUCGGUUGAAAUGGCGCCUCAAGCUGGGAAUGCCAGUCAACAAAAUAUUGUCAACCAAGGUCCUAAUUCUCAUUUGUUGAAGCCUGUACCUUCAUCAGUCCCUCAGCAACCAGGAGCAAGUCCACAGCAACCACCCCAACAAGCACCAAUGGCCGGCUCACACAACCUCCACUUUCCUAAUGCUCCUUCAACUUCCCAAAGUUCCCGCCCUAAGACACCAAACCGUGCCAGUCCUAGACCAUAUCACCAUCCCUUAACCCCCACCAACCGUCCACCCAGCACUGAGCCGUCAGAGAUAAAUCUCUCUCCCGAGAGACUGAACGCAUCGAUUGCCGGUCUUUUCCCCCCAAAGAUUAACAUCCCUCUGCCACCCCGACAGCCUAACUUAACUCGAGGUUUUGAUCAACAAGGUCUAAACCCUACCACUUUGAAAGCUAUUGGACAAGCUCCACCAAAUCUUGCAUCUCUUAACAACAGUAACUCUAGUGGCCAUAAUAGUGUUCAACAGGGUUAUACACAAGCUACUAAUGCUGCCAGUACAGGUGCAAAGCAAGAAAAACAGACGGUUGGAGGGCAAACAAAGCGAGCUAGUCCCAGUAACAGUCGACGAUCUAGUCCUGCGUCAAAUAGAAAAACGGCCACUCCUAGCCCAGGAAGACAGAAGUGGGCAAAGAACCCCCUAACCUCCAUAGCAAAUCAGCAACAAAUGGCCAGUUCCCAAACCGUAAUGGCCAGUGCUUCUUCAGUCCUCCCAAGUCCCACUACGUCUAUAUCAUCUGUAGGCACACUUGAUUCUCAGCAAAUUCUAAACCCUCUGCAAGCACUGCCUAGUAACUCGGAUGCAAUGAGAGAGAGCCAGGGGCAGGUACCACAGCUAGACACGCGUCAGAUUACACAAGCGGAAAGAGAUCAUUCUGCCCUCAGAAUGGCAAAUCAACGCAUGCCAACCCAGGAAACAAAAAUUCAAGAACCUAAUAUGCCGUCUGAGCAACCGUCAGAUGAGCUGCGUCAACCUCAGAAUCCACCACCGCAGGAGCACGGUACGGCUGUUGGGGCAUCUUUUAGAGAUGCCCCAACAUCCCUCAAUCAGUUGCUAGAUAAUAUGGGCCACACAUCCUUGUCCACAAAGCCACCCAUGGUUACUCCACCAGUAGCUUUGGUGGAACAAGAGAGUCAACGUGUCUCCUGUACCCCACAGAGCAGUGAUAGUGGGCUGCCUUUGCCCACUAGUGAACAUGAACAAAAAUCUAAGGUUGGUUCAAUGGCUAGCCCAAAUGUGAUCCAGACUAGUAGUCUAAGCCCACAGUCAUCAUUGGGUGUAUCCAGUAUUAGCCCAAGUUUGCUUACUAGCACUGCUUCAAAUUCCAUUUUACAUCCCAACCCUUCCGUUAGUUCCAGUACUAAACCUAUUACAAGUAUGUCUCAAACAGUCUUGCAUAGACCUACAUCAUCAGGGUCCACUCAUCCAAAACAAAUAACUGUUUUCGUAACAUCCAAUCCCAUUAGUUCUGCUGCUAGCACGGUAUCUGCAGUGCCUCCAGCCAUCGUCUCAACAGUGCUUGCAGUACCUACUAAGAGCAUAAGAUCUCCAGAUGUGCACCAGUCCGUUUCUACUCAAAAUCGCCCUCCACAGUUUAUCACAGGACCCGUCAUUUUCCAAGUACCUUCUGUUUCUGUACCGCCGAGCACCAAUGUGGUUUCUCAGCCUGUCACUAUGGUUGGGCCCAUACAGGUAACUGCUAAUAUUCAAUUCUCUUCUGCUCCAGAUUCAACUGCAGCUUCUACUCUAUCUGCCCCCAUGGCAACACAUUCCCCUGUUGUAAGCAUAGCCACAAGUCAGCCAGGUCGUACCAUGAUUGGACAAAUUCAAGUGCAAAUGCCUGCAAGUCCAGCAUCUUCUCUAAACACAGUCCACCCUUCUCAGCAAAAGAGCAUUUCUGAUGUCCCGAUCUCAAAAACAAGUCCUGUAGGACCAUCAUCCUCUUUACAUUCUAACACAACUCCAGCUAUUUCUCCAUCUCUUCAACAACCUCUAGGAUCUUUGCCUACCUGUUCCAGCUCAGGGACUACUGCUGUUGCCAACAGGAGUCCCCUCUCACAAUCACCAACAACUAUUGCCAAGAGCAGUCCAGUCCAAAAUGUUCUGGUCAAGACCACCCCCCACAGUAGUGACCCCUAUCAGAUGCAACAGCAGACUACAAAUCAGCCAGGAAAACCUAUAGACACUGCAUCAUCUCAAGCCCCUCUUCAAGUGAUUACAAAUGCAACACUUUCUAGUCCACCACCUACUCCCACAGUCGUCUCAUCUGCACCUCAGCUGUCAGCACUAGUACCUACAGUUUCUUUGUCUGCACCUGUGCACGUUCCUCCACCCAUUUCUUCCUGCACCGUUACACCCAGCCCUUCGCAGAUCACUCGCGGUUCUGCUGUGGAACCUCAAGGCAAUUCUGCUUCAAGUUCUCCACCGAUCACAAGUAUGUCUGCACCGUCUGUUCCACCUAAUGCUUCAGUGACCCCUGCGACAUCCACUGGUCCUGAAGCAAGGUCAUCUCCACUACUUCCAGCUGUAGAACCACAACCAUCCACAGUAACGGAGACAAGCUUGCCCGAGUCAGCAAACACCACGGUGCCUGCUGCAGAUAUUCCAGCUCAGCCUGCACAGGAACAACAACAAACUGUAGAGGCAGCACCAUCUGUGGCAGAACAAGGAUGGGCAAAGAAAAGAAAGACGCCCAUCGACUUAGCCCAAAGGGAAGCAAGAGGCCAUACCGAAAAGGUAAAAGGCCCCAGCCGAAGGAGCUCACGAGCCGAGAAGGACACUGAAGAGGAAGUGCCUGACAACGGACAGAGAAAGAGAGCAGCCAGACCGGGGUCAGCAUCUUCUAACCCCGGGAAAGCUGCAGGUAAAACUGCAGAAUCGAACACUGGAGCAAGUCCCACGCAGGCCAAGCGAAGGAAGUCGAAGUGAUCAUGAAGCUUAACACCUGUGAAUUGUACAUGAACUGUUUUAUCUGCUGUUUUUCCUGUAAUCGUGUGUGUGUGUGUGUGUGUGUGUGUGUGUGUGUGUGUGGUAGUCAUGUACAGAAACAUGUUUUUAAAAAGAAAUUAAAGAUGUUUUUGUUCCCUGAUACUAAGCGAUAUCCUAUUUACAACCGUGCGAGCGUGAGAGAGAGAGACAGACGUGUCCUGUUUUUUUUAUACAUGCUGGAUUAAUCAUGAAGCCUGAUGAUGGAUUGUAUAAUAAUAAUGUUACAAAAAUGGAUUCUAAUGUUUUGGGUUGUUGUUUUUUUUUUUUUUUUUUUUUUUAUUUUACUUCUUGUCCCCGGACAUGAAUUUAGUUCAUUGUUGGCGCACUUCUCACUUCCUUGUUACUUGAGUACAUUUUGUUUAAGUAUGAAUUUGUGAUGUUGUUUUUCUUCUUCUGUUCAUUUGGGCAGCUAAAUAUUAUUAUUAUUAAUUUUUUUUUUUUCCUCUAACAUCCUCUCACACACUUUCCCAAACCAACAAACAAAAAUCUCAAUCAUGAAACCUGAAAUUUAAAAUAAAAGCUUGAUAUCAACAUCAAAAGAAUAUAAGCUUUCAUUUCAAUGACUUGUGAUGUAAUUUAAAUCCUGGUGUAUAAUAAAAAAAAGAAAUGAUAA